AUGGCGACUAUUUCUCUGGCCGAAAAGCUGGACAAGAUCAAGUCCCCUGGUCUGCAAAGCCAAAAGAGGACUGUCGUUGUACUACACGCUGUCGAGUCGACUCUCAAAGAGCAAAACACGGCUCCCACGUCCACAGGAUACUUCGCUGCUCUCCUCGCCCUUCUCCAGCAGGCAAACAGCAAUGACACAGUGAACCCCGAAUUGGCGACUCCAGUCGUCUACCUUCUCGACGUUGUUACACCUUAUGCUCCACAGCCUCUACUCCGAUCAAAGUUCACACAAAUUCUUACUCUCCUCGCCCCCGUACUUCUAUUGCAGGAUGCAGAGGCCCCUCUGUUGCGAUCGUCCAUAGGAUGUCUCGAAUCUCUUCUUCUGGCGCAAGAUGCUGCAUCUUGGGAGCUUUCUGUGUCCCAGAUCGGCCCUCGACGAGCUGUCGCGGGACUCUUGAACAUGUCCCUUGACCAACGACCAAAGGUGCGAAAGAGGUCGCAGGACGCUUUGAAGACGGUUCUUCGAAACCCGCCGCCCAGCCCUUCGCUGGAUCACCCUGCUGCCGAUAUGUGCGCCCAGACUGCUACCAAGAACCUCGAGAACCUCGUCGGCAAGGUUGCGCAGGCGCAGAAGGGAAAGAAGGCGGACGCCACACACGACCCUGCCAUGAUCCACGCCCUUCAGCUCGUGAAGACUGUUGCCUACGCGAGUGGUGGCUGGCCUAGCAAGAAGAUUGAGUCUCUGUGCGAGCUGCUAUUGGGCAUUGCCAAGAGCGGAAACGAGUACAUGACUAUGGCUUCUUUUGAGAUCUUCGAGAUGAUCUUCGAGGGCAUGACUGAUGAGCUUUCGUCAGCCAAGCUCCCGCGACUGAUGGAGAUUAUUUCUGAACUGCGACCGGCUGCAACUGAUACCCAGCUUGUUCCCCCUUGGCUCGCUAUUCUAUCCCGAGGAUACGAUGUUUCUGGGCAAGUCGUGCCUGACGAGACCUUCCAGAACCUCCCUCACCUGUUUGAGAUGGUAGCACAGUUCCUGGAGGCACCCUCCGAGAACAUUCGAAUUUCCGCCUCCGAAUGCUUGGUCUCUUUCAUGGCCAACUGUAUCCCUCGACAGGUCAUACUUGAGCCUUCAAUCUACGACGAGAAGAUUCUCGAGAAGCUCGCCAAGUCAGCAGAGUCUCUUCUGACCGUUCAGUUCCAAGCUGCCUGGCUACAGACUUUCAGCGUUCUCGGUGCCAUGUUCGAUACUUUGAGGUGGAGGUCUUAUCCUAUUAUGAUGAACGUUACCAAGACGAUCGGCGAAAUUCGAGAGAACGGAUCCUUCCGAAACAAGAAGGAGGCCGACGAGGUCAUUGGCAAGGCGAUCCGAGCAAUGGGACCUGAGGCUGUUCUCUCAAUCCUUCCUCUGAACCUCGCAAAGCCGGCAAAGGGCCAGCCAGGUCGCGCUUGGAUGUUCCCCAUUCUACGUGACUACACCAGCAACACAAAUCUGGCUCACUUCAAGAGUGAGAUGGUUCCUCUAAGCGAGGUGAUGUUCCAAAGGGUUCUUGACCACGGAGAGGCCGAGAAGACGAUGGAGAUCAAGAUCUACGAGACAGUGGUUCAACAGAUCUGGUCUACUCUUCCUGGGUACUGUGAUCUUCCUCUGGACCUUACCAGUGCUUUUGACCAAGGCUUGGCGGAGAUUCUAGCCAACCUCCUGUACAAGCAGGUCGAGUUGCGACUGGAUGUCUGCAGAGCACUCAAGACCCUGAUCGAGUCCAACCAGGCCAUUGCUGAUAUUGAGGACCAGGAAGAGGACCUUGUGCUUCAGAGCCGAGUCAGUCGUGCUGAUGCUAAGAAGAACCUCGAAUAUCUUUCUAAUUUCGCAGGCAACAUGCUCGCUGUCUUGUUCAACGUCUACACGCAAACCCUCCCCCAAAGCCGAGGCCCUAUCCUGCAGACAAUCAACACAUUCCUUAGCAUCACACCCAACGCUGAGUUGAUGGAGACUUUCGACCGUGUGAGCAAGAUGCUUGCUGCUGAGUUGCAACAGGAGAAGCCAGCAGAGAAGAAGAACCAGAACCAGAAGGCCAAGGACCACAUGCCUUCGACAGCUCAGACUUUGAUGGAUCUUGUUAUCACAAUGUCGGUCUAUCUUCCCCGAGAGAGCUUUGCUGCUCUUUUCGAGAUCGCCGCUGUUAUCAUCAACAAAGAGGAGGAGCCUCAACUUCAGAAGAAGGCAUACAAGCUCAUUCCUCGCCUUGCAGAUUCUGAAAUUGGUAAGGCUGCUCUCAAAGAGAGAAGUGCUGAGCUCCAGCAUCUCAUCAUCUCUAGCACCGAGAAGGUCUCAGCUCCUGCUCGACGAGAGCGCCUCGCUUCCAUCAUCGCUCUCCUCCCCUUCAUUCCCGACACCUCUCUUCACUUCAUCCCUUCAGUGCUCAGCGAAGUUGUCAUUUCUUGCAAAGAGAACAACGAACGUGCACGUGAAACAGCAUAUGACCUCCUGGUUCUCAUGGGGUACCGUAUGACUGAGGCCAACGGUGCACCCAUCGACAACAGCAAGGUUCCUCAUAUGCCCGACAACGCCCCUGCAGGAACCGCGAAUAUCGAGGAGUUCAUCACCAUGGUUAGCGCCGGUCUAGCUGGUAGCACACCUCACAUGAUCUCUGCUUCUAUUACUGCGAUUAGCCGACUUCUACAUGAGUUCCGAAGCAACUUGAGCGAAGCUACUCUCUCCGACCUGGUUCAGACUAUGGACUUGUUCCUCACCUCUAACAACCGAGAGAUCGUCAAGAGCUGCUUGGGUUUCGUCAAGGUCUGCGUAAUUGGGCUUCCUGUCGAACUUAUGCUUCCUCGCCUCUCUACCCUUGUGCCUAACCUCAUUGUGUGGAGCCACGAGCACAAGGGCCACUUCAAGGCCAAGGUAAAGCACAUUCUCGAGCGUAUGGUCCGUCGCUUUGGCUACGACAACAUUCACCAGAACUGUCCCGAUGACGAUAAGAAGUUGAUCGUCAACAUCCGCAAGACCAAGGAGCGCUCAAAGAAGAAGAAGGACGCUGCCAAGGGUGAGAACGAUGGCGAAGACAGUGAAGACGAUGAGGAGGGCCAGCCCAAGCGCCAGUUCGAGAACGAGUACGACCAGGCUCUUUACAGCAGCGAUUCCGACGACGAUGGCGAUUCCGACAACGAGACUGCCAGGCCCAGUAAGAAGGCCCAGAAGGGUGGCAAGACCUACAUUGUGGAAGACGACGAUGAACCCCUCGAUCUUCUCGACAAGAAGGCUCUGGCCAAUAUCUCCUCCACCAAGCCCGUCAAGAUGCGCAAGCCCACACGCUCCAAGGCCAAGUACGAUCUCGACGGCAAGCUCAUCCUCGGCAAGGACAGUGAUGACGAGGGCGCCAUGGAUGUUGACGAGCCUAACCCCGAAGCUUCUGGCGUGGGUGCCUAUGUUGCCGCUCUCAAGGGCAAGGAUGUGGCCAAGCGCGGCCGCGGAGGCAAGCUCAAGUUCUCUAACCGUCGCUCAAAGGAUGAUGAUGAGGAUUUCGAGAUGGACGACAACGAUGCUGCCGCCGUCAAGAGCAGGAUCAGCCCUGGACGAGACCGCGGUAGCCGUGGAAACUUCCGCGGAAGGGAUGGAGGCCGUGGACGGGGAGGCCGCGGAGGGGGCCGCGGAGGAAACAGUGGAAGAGGAGGCAUCUCUGCCGGACGAAGAGGAUUGGGUAUCGACAAGAGACAUGGACAGGGUGGCGUGGGAAAGCCUAGGAGAGGACGCAACUAA